AUGGCGGGACCGUAUGAUCCAGAAUGGACGGCCUUCGAGAAAUCGAUGGGCCCUCCACCAGUCCUUCCCGAAGACAUCGAGAGCCGAGUCGAGAUCUUCAACGAGAUGCUCGUGCAGUUCCAGAAACUGCUACCGCCCACAGAUCCUGGGAUUCAGACUCGAGACGAAAAAAUCAACCCCAACGUCACCGUCCGGAUCUACACACCCCCCUCAACAUCAGCACCUCCCUCCCCACCCCUCCCUCUAAUCCUCUUCAUCCACGGCGGCGGCUACCACGCCGGCAACCUCUCCACCGAAGACCACCUCUGCCGGCACAUGUGCUCCCACACGCCCUCCAUCGUCGUCUCGGUAGACUACCGCCUGUGCCUAACGCACAAAUUCCCCACCCCCAUCGAAGACUGCUACGCCGCCUACAAAUGGGCUUACGCAAACGCGGCCUCCCUCGGCGCCGACCCGCAGAAAUGCCUCGUCGCCGGCGGUUCCGCCGGCGGAGGCGCCGCCAUCGCGGUCGUCUACCGCCUCGUGCGGCGCGGGGAGGACGUCGCGGGGCUGGUGGCCAUAUCGCCCAUGUCGCUGCAUCCGGACGUCGUGCCGGUGGCGUAUCGAGCGCAGCAUACAGCGUACGUGGAGAACGGCGGCGCGAUCCCAGUCGUGAACGCCCAGGACGCCAUGGCGGCGUUCGCGAUGCUGAGCGAAGAGGGCUGCGCCCCGGCGUAUGCGAACGGGGAGUGGUUCCCGCAGACGCGAGGGGCGGAGGCGUUCAAGGGUUUUCCGCGGACGUGGGUUUUCAAUACGGAUCUGGAGUGUUUUCGGGAUGAUGGCGGGGUUUUGGAGUUGGAGGUCAGGGAUGCGGGGGGAGUGGUGAGGAGGGAGGUGAUGGAGGGGUGGCCGCAUUAUUUUUGGUGUUUUCCUGUCGGGGGAGGGGGGGAUGAGUUUCGGAGGAGGCUUGUGGGGGGGUUGAGGUGGGUGAUUGGGGGGGAUUGA